UUAGGGUCAGACCGUAUAUUGUAUCGAUAAGUCCGCGGUCGCACUGAAAAAGACGAAAUUAAUAUAUAAUAAUAGAAUAUUAUACCGUGAUAAUAUUGCCAAGCGAUCUAAUUUGUGUCUUCAGCAUCAGAAAUUGGGCAACGAAAGCCACGACCUCAAAGGUACAACUACAAACGAAAGCUAGAGCAAGCCAGCCAGCAGCAGCAACAACAACAUCAGCAGAAAGUCAGUCAGCAGCCCACAGAAGAUACGAGAGACCGAGCCCGAAACAGAGCCAGCUCGAGAAAACAGCAGAAAGCAAAAUGCCACUCUUCGGGAAGUCACAGAAGUCGCCAGUGGAGCUGGUAAAAUCGCUCAAGGAGGCAAUCAAUGCCUUGGAGUCGGGCGACCGAAAAAUGGAGAAGGCGCAGGAGGACUGCAGCAAGAACCUGGUGUCCAUCAAGAACAUGCUAUAUGGCAGCAGCGAUACAGAGCCGCCAGCGGACUAUGUGGUCGCUCAGCUGUCGCAGGAGCUGUAUAACAGCAAUCUGUUGCUGCUGCUUAUACAGAACCUUUACAGGAUCGACUUCGAGGGCAAGAAGCAUGUGGCACUGAUAUUCAACAAUGUGCUGCGGAGACAGAUUGGUACCCGCUCGCCCACAGUGGAGUACAUCUGCACGAAACCGGAGAUCUUGUUUACACUGAUGGGCGGCUACGAGGAUGCGCACCCAGAGAUUGCCUUGAAUUCGGGCACCAUGCUGCGGGAGUGCGCUCGCUACGAGGCCCUGGCCAAGAUCAUGAUCCACUCGGACGAGUUCUUCAAGUUCUUCCGUUACGUGGAGGUGUCCACUUUCGAUAUCGCCUCCGAUGCCUUUUCCACCUUCAAGGAGCUCCUCACGCGCCACAAGCUGCUGUGCGCCGAGUUCCUGGACGCCAAUUACGACAAGUUCUUCUCGCAGCACUACCAGCGGCUGCUCAACUCGGAGAACUAUGUAACGCGUCGCCAGAGCCUGAAGCUUUUGGGCGAGCUGCUGCUGGACCGGCAUAACUUCACCGUGAUGACGCGCUACAUUUCCGAGCCGGAGAACCUGAAGCUGAUGAUGAACAUGCUGAAGGAGAAGUCGCGCAACAUCCAGUUCGAGGCGUUUCACGUCUUCAAGGUGUUCGUGGCGAAUCCGAACAAGCCGAAGCCGAUCCUGGACAUCCUGCUGCGCAACCAAACGAAACUGGUCGACUUCCUAACCAAUUUCCAUACGGACCGUUCCGAGGACGAGCAGUUCAACGACGAGAAGGCCUAUCUGAUCAAGCAGAUAAAGGAGCUGAAACCGCUGCCCGAGGCCUAGUUGACCAUCGACGGAUGGUCAAUGUCGGCGUAUGGGGCAAACGAACCAUAACGAGACCGAGAGAAAAUACGAGCGUGAAUGAGAGCGAGAACGAGACCAGCAACAGGAAGAGGAACAAGAACAUCUGGGCCCUCCCGUCGAUGGUGGGCUAGCAGGAAGGAUGAAAAGGUUUUGUGUGUGGGUUAAAGGCAAAUAUAUAUUAUAUAUACUAUACUAUAUUUUGUGACGAUGAGAUGACUACACUUGUGAGUAACUAAACAAUAAUUUAGACACCAACCACAAUGAUAAUGAUAAAAAAAACAUAACGAUAAAGCUAAAUAGAAACAACAACAAAACAAUGAGUAAGAGUACGAGAGUAAAUAGCGUAAACUGAAAUAAUAAUGUUGCGAAUUUAACAUAAAAACACAUUAAACACGACCCCGGACCAAACCCGGACCACCCCCGGCCACACCUCUCGCCUCACCUCAAUCCAACUUUUAUGUUUUUUUUUUUCAUUUCUUUCUUUCUUUCUUUUCCGCUUUUUGUCCACGUUCCACACGAAAUGAUCCGAGAGUGCGGUGCGGUUCGUUGUUCUUGCUCCAGUUAAGAGUCGUCGGAUUCCCCUCUAGACCUAUUUUCCUAUUCCUAUUCAAAAUAGUUGUUGUAUUUGAAAUUUAAGCGUUUUUGAAACGAACCAACACGCCCCCAACCCUCCCCCAGCCUCCUGCCCCCAGCCACAUGCCUGUCUGAAGAAGAAGUCAAUGCAGAUUCGAAAUGAGUUUUGACCUAAAAAUGUAAUUCCACGCAAAGUUCAUAAAAAAAAAA